AUGAAUAAGACUACUCAAAUCAUCGAUUUCCACGGAAUAUUGAACGAGUACCGCGGCUCACAGCGCAUGCGCAGGGUGCGACGAGCAGUUUGGUCACGCGGACCGCUUCAUACUCCAAGCACUAGACCGCCACUGGUCACGUGCAUCCGCUGUACAGACUGCGACGAGAGUCUUGACGUCAAGUGUUACGUCAGAGAAGGAAGGGUGUUUUGCCCAAGUGAUUACUUCAGGCGUUUCGGUCCCAAGUGCGCUAGCUGUAACAAGGACAUCCAGCCAUCUCAGAUGGUCCACAAAGUCGACUCGAAUGUAUACCACAUCACGUGCUUAUCUUGUGUCACGUGUCAGCAACAGCUGGAGACUAGGGACGAGUUUUUUUUACUAGAGGAUGGUAAAGUCAUUUGUAGGAACGACUACGGCGACAGGGAUGAAGACCACAUAGGGAUAAGACUAAACACCGGGCUUAUAGCCAUUGAUUGGCAUACAACGGCUAAUAGCCCAGGGUCGGACUCCUCGAGAAGCAAGCGCGCCCGCACGUUCAUCAGCAAUGACCAGCUGGCUUUCCUUAAAGUCGCCUACGCGUCGUCGCCCAAGACCACUCUUCGAGAUCGGGAGCGCAUCGCAAAGGAGACUGGGCUCGACAUGCGAGUGGUGCAGGUCUGGUUUCAGAAUCGCCGUGCUAAAGACAAGCGAUUAUCGAGUUGA